UUGCCUUGCGAUUGACCUUUUCUCCGAACAACGUGGUGUUUUACGUGGUUGCGUGGAUCGACUUCUACUAUUCGGUCUUGAUGAUGACGUACGAAACGUGUUGUCCACGUACAACAGCCAACAUGUUUGCAGAGAAACAAACAGAAAAAUUCUUCGUCUCUAUCCACUAAGUACUGACAGUGAUGUGGUCACGUUGUGCUCCUGUAGCGGCGAUCAAUGCAACGAUCACGACAUGCUGAUGGCGCUCAACUCGUCUGAUAGGACCCACAAACUCGUCCACGCCGUACUUUUGCUACCAAUGAUCACUGUAUUGCUCCAUUUAUAG